CACAAGGUAGCAAGCGACCAAACCCAACUACUACGCGACGCACACAUUGCGCCAUCUCCUUCCCCGAUCACAAACGCGCACGGCAUUGUCACGAUCAACCUGCUAGUAGCUAGCUAGCCAUAUCCUUCAUGGACGCCAAGAAGAGAGCGCGCGGGGCGGAGAAGGCCGCAGUACGGCCCGUGACGCCAGCCGACCGCAGCUGCGACGCCGACGCCGACGCCGACUCCGACGCCACGCCGUCGCCGGCGCGGGCUGUGCGGAAGACGCCGGCACCCACCGCGGCGGCGCCACCACCACCACCGGUCGAUGACGACGACGAGCCCGUGGCGGCAGUGGAGGACAGCGGCGCCGGCGCCAGCGUCGAGGAGGAGGAGGACGACGACGAGCAGGUGGAGAGGUUCUACGCGUUGCUGGCCAACAUCCGGGCACUCAGGGGCCUGGUGCCGCCGCCGUACGCGGCUGCCGCCUCCACCUCCUGCGGCGGCGGCGACGCGGGCGCCGGCGGGGCGAGCUCGAGGAUGCGGCGGCCGCGGGGCGCGGAGCCGCCGUGGAGGCCGGCGUUCAGGAUGGAGGACUUCGAGGAGCCCGCCGCUCCGCCGCCGUCGACCAAGAGGAAGCGCGCAGCCUGCGCGGCGGACGACGACAGCGGCGAGAGCGCGAGCGGUGCUGCGCGCCCGGUCCUCGUCACCGCGUCGUCGCCGCCGCAAGCGGCGGUACGUCCCGACAGCGGCAGCUACAAGAAUUGACACCACCUGUCGCGCACGACCGUCCGGCCUGCCACUGCCAGCGUCUAACUCUAACCUCUUCUGCACGCACACAAAUCUAGUCAGGAAAAAAAUCUGCGAAAAGCCAGCGAAAUUCGGGAUGGAAUUUCCGUCUGAAAGAGCUGCCGGGCUUGCUGCCACGCGGUGGACGUCAACGACACGGCGACGAGGGGCCAUGUGAAACAUGCACUGUAGGGCGUGGGUCGGCUCGCCAUGUCGGUGGGGGUUCACGCGUGCAAUAAUUUCUUCAUGUGAUGCGCGCGGUGUUAUGGUCGUGACCCCAGCUGGUAAAAACUUGAAAUCUGGAGUGUCGAAAAGAAAAGGAAAAAAACCUUGCUCAUCA